AGAGAUGAACUCUACUGCAAAACCUACUAUAACAUUUGUAUUGACUGUUAGUUUUAAAUUCGAUGCUGCGCCUACGUCACUCCGCGGUACGUCCUUGUAGUCCGGGCUGUGCAUUUUUAUGGUGGUGUGGGCGCGACGGGGUGUAUCGCAGCUGCAAGAUCUGAAAACGGUCGCGGGCUCGCGACGCCAAAUAACGGGAACCGGAUCCUCGCGUCCUUAAAAUCCAUACGUUCAAGGCAUAAUGAACGGACUUCAAGAAAAUACCGUUUUAAUUGAAAUGGAGAAUGCGGUAGAUUCACAUGAUGGAGAAGACAACAGUGCAAUGAGCCUGACACUGACGUCAAACAGAGAGCCUCGAUCAACAGGAAACUCCGAUAGUGGAAAUGAGACUGAAUCUGUCCGUCUUCUGCCUUUGCUGUCUGAGACUGAAACAGAAAGGCAGACCCAAGACUCCAUCUUCUUCCGAGAUGGCAUACGUAGAAUUGACUUUGUCUUGUCCCAUGUGAAGGACCGCAGCGAGGAUGGGAACAGGAAACUGGAUUGGAGGAGGAAGUUCGAGGCCAAUUUGAUGGAAGAAGGACUGGAGCUGGAGAAAGAGGAAUCUCCUGAUAAUGAAAGAAAAGUCUUCUUUGUGAAGAUCCAUGCCCCCUGGAAUGUUUUAACCAAGUAUGCUGACAAGCUGAAGGUCAAGGUGCCCUUUGAUGUCAGUGACACCCCCAGCCCCAAAGACACCACCUUUGAGUGGCUUGUCAAGCCCUUCCGUUUGCCACAUGAUGUCAUGGAGCCCCAGCCUGAUUAUUUUACUGCCACUUUUGACAAGGAGAAGACUGACUUCUUCAUCAACUCGAAGGAGAAGACCUCCUUCACCCCAUCCACUCGCAACAGGAUCGUUUACUACAUCUUGUCACACUGCUCAUACUCAGUGGAGAAGGAAAUGAAGGGCAUUAAGCGGUUGCUAAGCAACGGCACCUACACUGCUGCAUUCCCGCUUCAUGACUGCCAAUACUGGCUGAAAAUGGAAGAGAGUGAGAAUGAGAGGUACAGCCUGUACCAGAACUGGGCUCGGUUCCUCGCCUUCUACAAGGAGCAGCCUCUCAACCUCAUCAGGAAGUACUAUGGAGAAAAAAUCGGCCUCUACUUUGCCUGGUUGGGCUUCUACACAGAGAUGCUGAUGUAUGCUGCGGUGAUUGGCCUCCUCUGCUUCCUCUAUGGCAUCUUUACCUACCACCAGAAUGUAUGGAGUAAGGAGAUCUGUGACCCAGAGAUUGGAGGCUCCAUAAUAAUGUGCCCACUGUGUGAUGAAUUAUGUGGCUACUGGAAGCUCAACUCUACCUGCAGCUCCUCUUGGCAAUCACACGUGUUUGACAACGCUGGAACUGUGUUCUUUGCUAUAUUCAUGGGCAUUUGGGUGACCCUCUACCUGGAGUUCUGGAAGCGCCGGCAGGCCAGGCUAGCCUAUGAAUGGGACCUGGUGGACUUUGAAGAGGAGCAGCAGUUGCUCCAGCUCCGUCCUGAAUAUGAGACCAAAUGCACCAAGAUGCGAACGAACUACAUCACUAUGGAGAUGGAGCCCUACCUUCCCCUAACCAAAAAAUGCACUCUCACCUUCCUGUCAUCAGCUACUGUGCUCUUCUGGAUUGCCCUAAUCAUCGUCUGUGUCAUUGGAGUGAUUGCUUACCGGCUGGCAGCAUAUGCCGCCUUCGCCAGCAUCAUGGAUAACGGAGAAACCAAAAACCUGCAGUUUGUGGGCCCCUUCCUAACCCCACAGCUGGCCACCUCUAUCACCGCCUCCUGCAUCAACUUCGUCAUCAUCAUGAUCCUCAACGUGUUGUAUGAGCGUGUGGCUAUCUGCAUUACUGACAGAGAGAUACCAAAGACUCAUCUGGAAUAUGAAAACAGACUGACGAUGAAGAUGUUCCUUUUCCAGUUUGUGAACUUUUACUCCUCCUGCUUUUACGUGGCUUUCUUCAAGGGGAAGUUUGUGGGCUACCCCGGAAACUACACCUACAUGUUUGGCAGCUUAGUCGGGCUGAGGAAUGAAGAGUGUGGGCCAGGAGGGUGCCUAACAGAACUCACUACCCAGCUGGUUAUCAUCAUGGGGGGCAAGCAGCUAUGGGGCAACAUACAGGAGGUUCUAGUGCCGUGGUUACGGAACAUGUGGGGCAGCUGGAGGACACGCAGCUCUGGGAAAGCAUGUCAGCGGUGGGAGCAGGACCAUGACCUGCAGGAGCUCGGCCAGCUAGGCCUCUUCUAUGAGUACCUGGAGAUGGUGAUCCAGUUUGGCUUUGUCACGCUCUUCGUGGCUUCCUUCCCACUGGCGCCCCUGCUGGCGCUCCUCAACAACAUCGUGGAGGUCCGUGUAGAUGCCUGGAAGUUCACCACGCAGCUGCGCAGACCCAUGGCUGCCAAAGCGCACAGCAUCGGCGCCUGGGAGGAGAUCCUUAACGUUGUGGCAGUCCUGUCUGUUGUCACUAAUGCAUUCAUCAUGGCUUUCACCUCGGACAUGAUCCCACGCCUGGUGUUUUACUAUGCUUCCCACCCCGGUAACAAAGUCGGCAUGGAAGGCUACAUCAACAACAGCCUGUCUUUCUUCAACAUCAGCGACUUCCUUGAGAAAAGCAAACCUAAGUCUGUCGUCAAUCCAGAAUGGUUCACCAGCAAUAUCACCUUCUGCAGGUACCGCGAUUACCGCUACCCACCAGACCAUGAGAGCAAGUACUCCCAUUCACUGCAGUUCUGGCACAUUCUAGCUGCCAAGCUGGCUUUCAUCAUCAUUAUGGAGCAUGUGGUGUUCACUGUGAAGUUCUUCGUGGCCUGGAUAAUUCCGGAUGUACCCAGUGAAGUCAAGAUGCGAAUUAAACGGGAGCGCUACCUCAUCCAGAAGAAACUGCAGAACUAUGAGCUAGAGAAACUGAAACAGUUCAGCAAAGCCAGCACCUCCAACCAGGCCCAGACUCCUGGGGGGCAGAGCAGCCUUGAUCUGUCCACCAUGACCCUCGAAGACAUUGAGGGCAGUGAAUGCAAACUGCCUGUCAAUCCUUGUGAUCCCGCAAAUGAGAAAGAACUGCAAACCUUCUUGUAAUUCCCAGCAAGGCCAUCCACUGACUAAUGACUUACCAGCUCCAGUGCACUUACUUGAAAUUGAUGGGUGCUGGGGUCUGGGUAAGACAGCAGAGCAGCCUGUAACCGAUCUGAUAGUACACCAUUAAGAGGUGACUGUCACGUUCAAGCAGGUCGUUUUUAGGCAGCAGUCAUGAUGACUUUGUGGUAGUCAUCCUUGAUUUGGGCAGUAGGGGUAAGUUUGGUGAGAUUUCCUGAUAAGUCGAGAAACCAUUCUGAGGUGAAAAGCCAUAAAAAAGCCUAAACUCACGCACUGCUCAUGCUGUUACUCCUCUUACAUGGGCAUUUGCAGGUGCGUCAAAGAUUUGGGAGCAUGCUUACUUUUGUAAUAACUGGAAUGCAAAAUGAUAACAUUUAAAAACUGUGCAUAUCUUAUUUUUCUGUUUUUCUGAAUAUUGACAUUCUGUUCAAUCCUCAUGUUUUAUGUCAGUCACUAAACUGAAGUUUAGUUUAAAUUUUUGCCUUUUAAAUAUUUUUGUCCCAAGUGAUAUACGUCUAAUUUAUAGGUUUUCCUGAUAUUUGUAUAUAAUUUAUACAGGUGGAUAUUAAGUCCUAUAAAUGAAUUCAGAAUCUCUUCUGUAUGUAUGUAGAAAGCAAGGUGACAGCCUUAGUGAGGGGGGACUGACAAGUCAUAGCCUUACCUUUUAUAUUCACUCAGACGAUGGCAGUCAGACUUGUCCUGUUCAAAGUGUACUUUAUUAAACAAGUAUGUGUUUUAUUAUUUGAACAAGUCUUUCAGGGCUCUUAAUACUGUGGUAUUUUUAUUCCAUGUGGUAGAUUAGUACAUUCAAAUGUAAAUUAAACUGCGCAUGUAAAAAGCAUGGUACAGUCCUGUUUAAAGGAUAAUUGUUAUGGAAGAGUCAACCAUUGCAACUGAUAGUUUGCCCAAGAGAAGAUAGCUCUCCACAAAGAAUCAUAAUCAGUUAAUCAUCAACAGUUUUCUUUGGGCUUAAGCUUUAAAGGAGCAACUAUGCAAUUUAAAAUAAGGCAAAUGUUGAUUUUAGGUAUAUAAUGUAUUAAGUAUAUAGAUGAAAUGAGUAUUUAAGUAAAUUGGACAUAGAGUAUAACUGAAUAAGCAGGAAAACUGAAUGUUGAGUAGAAAUGGUACUGAGAUUUUACUUUUUUAAACUUUGUCUUGAAUUUCUUUGAUGCGUUUGCAUUUUUUAUGCUGUUCAGCAAUUCCAGGAUAUUUUUAAACUUCAUGGUGCAAUACAAAAUUAUGCUAAUACUACAGAUGGUGUAAAUGUAAUUUAUAAUGCAAUUCACCUUAGUAUCACCUGGUAAGCAUUAAACAACUCACUGCCUAAUUUAGGAAUUUACCAGGAACAAAAACCAUCACAUACACAGCCCUUCUGUAUGUAAAUGUUACCCCUGUCCCUUACAACCGAAUAGUAUAUAUGUACAUCUCCAAAAGUCAGAUUGUACUGGGAAGCAUGGUUUGCUUUAACCCAAUGUUAAACACCUAGUUUGUGUAACACACCAAGAUGCAUCAAAAGGUAUAAUGUACUGCGGCCAAUGUUAUGUGCCUAAUUAACUAAAUGAUUAAUUGAAAAGCCUGACAAAUUAAAUGACUGUUAAACAUUCAGUUUGAAAAAUGUUCUUUUCCAUGGAUCUAACAGUGGUGAACUGAAAAAGAAUCCAAGAAACCUACAAAUAAAAAGUACACAUACCUGCAA